AUGGUGAACGCCAUCAAAGGAUUGUACAUAUCAUGUGAUGUACCCACGGCACAGUUCAUUAUCAAUAUGAAUGCUGCAUUGCCCCAAUCACAGAAGUUUAUCAUACAGGUCUUGGACAAUACACAUCUCUUUGUACGAUCGGAUGUGGCCGGAAUGAUUCGUAGUGCUAUUUCAGAUUUUAGAGAGGCAAAUACCUGUGAGAAACCUGCUUAGGCUGUUUGAUAAAGUUAAGCCUUGUUGGACGUUUAGAGAGGCAAAUACCUAUGAGACUUGACCCAUUGCCGUGUGCGCCUGUACCACCAAUCUUUUGUGGAAUUACUAUGGUAAAAAGAAAGAUAUCGAGUGUCAAGUUAUUAUUUUUUUAAAAUAGCCCCACAUAGUCAUUUGUGAAGUCUACGAAGUAAUUAAUAGAUGGUAUUCACAGUUCCAGCUUUGAUAGAGUUCUAAUUUAUCUAAUGUGCGAUCAAAUUCUAUUCUGUCUGAACAUUUAUUGUACUGUUUCUGAACAUGUUGCUAUAUUAGGAGUAUCUUUGUAUAGAAGAGAAUAUUCAGAUUUUCUCUUA